AUGAAAUUAUCUCAAACUACCCUCUUUGCUAUCUUAGCAACUUCUGCCUUCGUUUCUGCUGCUCCAACUAAUGUUGUUGCUGAAAACUCCCUUGUUACUAGAGGUGAUGCCAACGAAAUUAUAGACAUUUUAACAGCACUUAAAGAUGUCAACGAAAAGAGAGACCUCGUCUCCGAAUCCGAAUCAUUUGAACUCUCCAAGAGAGCCGAUGGCUUGGUCACUGAAUUGGUUGCUGCUUUAGCUUCUUCUGGAAUUAUUGCUGACGUUUGGAAUACUUUGACCCAAGACGAAACUCUCAGAAGUGAAAUCCUUACUAUUGUUAAGACGACUGUUAAGGCUGCUCUUGUCCAAGGUCCAGCUUUACUUAAGGCUAUCUGGGAUUCUGGUUUAAUCUCUAAACUUUUCAAAGAUGUUAUUAACGACAGUGACUUACGUUCUGUUUUGCUUAGAGUUGCUAAGGCUACUUUCUCAAGUGCGCUUAACUUAUUAAAGGCUUACAAAUCUAACAAGUCUAGUGCUACCGCCACUGCUGUUUCUGUUGAAACUGAUACCGCUGUUGCAGUUGCUAUUACUACAGACUCUUCAGUUGCUACUGGCUCUUCUGAUACCGGUAACAUCCCAUCCCCAUCUCAAUACAAUGCAGGUUACAAGCGUGAUUUCAUUGAUGGUGAAUACUUAGACAAGAGAGACGUUGCUUCUAUUGUUACGACUGUCGUCCAGCAAGUUAAGGACUCCGGAUUAGUUUCUUCUUUGAUUCAAAAGGUUUUAGCUGACCCAGAAAAGUCUAUUUCCUUCUUAUCCAACCUCUUAAAGAAAGGUUACGUUCUUGCCGAAGACCUUAUUAGCUGGGCUAAGUCAUCCGGUCUUCUCGACGAUGCUCUUGCAUACUUUGAAAAGAACGGUGGUCAAUACAGUUCUGCUCUUGCUUCUUUCCUUGGUAAUCAAAUUGACAGCGGUAAUGUUACUGCAUCUGAAAUUGACAAUGCUGACUCCUCUGCUGCUGCAGGUACUACUAUUGCAACCACCGCUGCUAUUACCCAAGUCACUACCGCUGCUACUACUGCUACUACCUUACAAGUUAAAAGAAGAGCAUACUAA